AUGGCUGCGGCGUGCUCGCUCUCCAACAUGCCCUGGCUCUUCGCGAGUGCCGCGAAGGGGUCCGGCGCCUUGAAGGCGCGCGCCGGAUUCUACCAGCCGGGCCGCCCCGUCACGGAGCACGCUGCACUAUGUUUUGCUAGUGCUUGCGUCAAGAUGUCCACUUCCACGUGGGGCGAGCAAGGAUCCAGCAUGCAGUGCAUCCAGAAAUCAGCGGGCAACGAAUGCUACAUCCACGUGAAAUGCCGCCUGGACAAUGACCUGACCAACAAAGCGCUCGAGGCCCAGCGAAAGAAGUUCAAGAUGGCACUGACGACUGCGUUCGCGGGAAUCCCCGAGGGCCGCCGCAUGGCGCGCGCCAGCGACAUCCUCGGCCGAACUACGGCAAGGUCACCUCCUGGUCAACUUGUCAAACGCUGGGUUCGUCGCCGCUGCGGCGGUGGCAUGCCGGGCCACUCGGGCCGCGAACAGUGGCGCGCGCUGCUGGCGGAGCUGCAGUGGCGCAAGAUGAACGCGCACAAGACGUUGGAUUGGGGACGCACGUACUUCGCGCCGUUUGCCGCGUUUGCCGACGCCUACAAACCGCUCCAGUCCGCUGAUCCCUUCGAGUUCUUCGAGAAGGAGCUCGGCUCGGAUUGCGACGAGCUUCUCAAGCUCAAGGCGGCGGUGCAGGCCAAGAAGGAGGCGCAGGCAGCUGCUGCCGGCGCGGGUGCCCCGCAGAAGGCGCCACUCCUUGAGGAGGAAGUGCGGGCCAAAGGAGUGGCUUGCAGGAGGGCGCUGGCAUGGCUUGAGACCUGCUCGGCCCGCGUUCUGGAGGGCCAGCAGUGGCUCGCCGACGCCCAGGCCGCAGAGGGCGAGGCGGCCGCCAGCGCCCAUGCGGCGCAGCAGGACUGGGAGGCGGCCUGCGCCAAGCAGGUCAAGGCCUCGGCGCCGCCGUCAGCGGCGCCACCCUCUUCUUCGGCGAUCAACCUUUCGACGCUCGUCGACGAGGGCUCGCUUCAGAUCGUGGACGGGCCGCUGUUCGAUCUCUCGGGCCUGGAGCUCGAUGAGCAGGCACGCGUGGGCUGGGAGCGCAUCAAGCAGGAGCUGGCCGACAGCGUCCAGACCAAGGUCCAGGAAGUCCUCGGUCCCUCGGCGCAGCGCAUCCUGGAGCUUCGUGAGGAGGCUCGCAAGCUGCGCGCCAGGGAGGAGGCCAAGCGCAGGCGCGUGGGCGGCAGCGAUCGAGACAGCUACAGCACCGUUGGAGGUGAGCAGUUCGCCGACUGCGGCUCAAGGCUCGGCGGCGCGUGCACCGCAGUCAAGACGUUCAUCGCGUUCUGCGUCGCGCGGAGCUACGCCAUCCCCGAGUGUGAGGAUUUCGGCCACUCGUACUUCUUCGCGCGCAUCGGGUCAAGCCUCGCUGACGGGUGCGCUUGGCGGGCUGGCGUGGGCGGCGUUGCGGCUGGGGCCGCGGCGCCUCCCGUGAGGUUCCCACCCAUCGAGGCGGCGCGGGCCAGCAGCCCCCCGGCGGGGGACGACCGCCUCGGGAGGUACCUGCUGGAGCUGUGGGGCAAGUGCCGGCAAUCGGAGGAUGCCACCGUCUGCCGUGCCGAGCUGGAGCGGACCCUGGUCGAGGUGGUCGGCCUCCAGGGCCAGGCCCGGGUGAUGGCCCAGCUCUGCCCGGGGAGUGCCGGCCAGAGCGAGCCGCCUGGCAGUUUGGACUUCCUGAGCUACUGGCAGGGCAUGGACCGCUUCUUCGCCACGAUGCAGCAGCGGUGGCCCGACGAGGGCGACCAUAGCGUCAGCGCCGACACGGUCCGUGGCCUGAAGCGCUUCCGCGACGGCCUCCUGGACCACUGGCGCGGGCAGGGCGCCACCGGCCUCGGCGGCAGCAUCGCCCCGGCGCAGCUGCUCGCCAUGCUAGGGGCCAUCCAGGCGGGAGCCCGAGACCAGCAGUACUGGCGGGUCAACAUGGCGGCCAUCGCCGACCUCGAGGGCGACGCGCGGGGCGUGCAGCCUUGCGACCUCGCGGACGCCAUUCACUGCUGGCUGGGCGAGAUCGUCGAGGGCGCUUCCUGCGGCCAGGAGCACGGCCGUGCUCCGCUCGACGCCCCGACGCCGUCGGCGGCCACGCCGCUGGCGACGCCGCUGGCGACGCCCGCGCCAGCGUCGGAGGCGGGCAGCUCCCACCCGAGGCGCUUCAGCGCCUCGUCGGACCGCGCCGAGGGGAUGGCGCCGAAGGAGCUGCAACGCGCGUACGAGGUCAUCGAGAGCCUGCGGGACCUCACGGACACGCGGAACUCCAGGGCACACAGGGCCCUGGAGGAGCUGGCGAGGCUGCAGGGCUCGCUGGGCCGGCAGCUGCACGCCCAGGAGGCCGAGAUCGGCAGGCUCCGGGAGAGCGGCGAGGCCCUGCGGCGGAAGCGGCAGGACCUCGAGGCCGAGCUGCUGCGGCAGGUGGAGGUCGCGGAGGGGCACAGCGACGCGGCCGCGGAGGCGGACGCGCAGAGGCGCCGCGCCAGCGUGCUGGAGCGCGAGCUCGCGGGGCUGCGGGAGCACCACGCGGAGAGCUGCCAGGAGGUGCAGCGGCUGCGGGCCCAGGUGGCCGAGUCGGAGCGGCAGCACGCGGACGUCAGGCGGCGCGAGUCGGUGUGGGGCCGCCGGUACGAGCAGCUCGAGCAGGAGACCGAGAGGACCGACGGCCACAGGCAGUGGAUGCAGGCGGAGCUCUCGCGGCAGGGGGCGCAGCUUGCCAGCGCGGAGGAGAUGGUGCGCCAGCUCCGCGGGGAGUCCGCGAGGCUCCGGGCGUCCUUCGAGGCGGCCGUGCGAGCGACGCGCAGCGCCAGCGCAUACGCGGCCGAGGAGGGCGAGUCCGCCGCGUGCCUCCGUGCGCUGCUGGAGGCCGCCACCGCCGCCGCGCCGCCGCCGCCGC